AUUGCCUUCAACGACAGCGGAAAUUAGACCGGAUCGGAUUUAAUGACUAAGUAACCUUUUGAUUCUCACUGAUAAGAUCGAAUUCAAUUUCCCCCAGACUCCCCGAGGCAGAUCAUUAUACUCUCUCAUUACAUUUACAAUUUCUCGACUGAACUCAGUUUCUAGGUUAGCCCACAAAAUGAUUCAAUCGUCGCCUUCGCACCAAAAAGGGGAAAAGGUCUGGGCCUCCCUGAUAACGAACCUCUCCUACCUCCCAGGCAUCCUUACCCUCUCACACUCCCUCAAAGCUACCCAAACGGUUUACCCUUUCAUCGCACUCUACACCCCCACCUUCCCCACCGAGGGCCUAGCAGCGCUUCAAGCGCGCGGAAUCCGCACCCAGGCCGUCUCCACCGUGCAACCAGGCCAGAGCAGAGUCUUCGUCCGAGACCCACGGUUCAACGAGACAUGGAACAAACUGAUUGUAUUCUCUCUGGUGGAGUACGAUCGCAUUGUUCUCUUGGACGGGGACAUGCUGGUUCGGAAGAAUAUGGAUGAGUUGAUGGACGUACCGCUGGACGAACCGAACUCGGAGUUGGACGGCGAGGAGAACACGAAGGGGAGGGUAUUCGCAGCAAGUCAUGCGUGCGCUUGUAAUCCGUUGCAAAAGCCUCAUUAUCCCAAGACUUGGGUCCCCUUGAAUUGUGCUUUCACAAGCCAGCACUCUGAUCCCGUCCAAGCCCAGUCGUCCGGUGCCCCCGCCGCAGCCGGUGUUGCUAUGCUGAACAGUGGCCUAUUAGUUGUGCGACCUAGCUUGUCUACCUGGGCGGAGAUCCAGGCGGGUCUCCAAAUGCCUGAGCGCACAGAUAGAUACGAUUUCCCCGAUCAAGAGCUCUUGUCAGACGUGUUUCGAGGUCGAUGGGUGGCAUUGCCGUAUGUGUAUAAUGCGCUAAAGACGUUACGGUGGGCUGGAGUGCAUGAUGCAAUCUGGAGGGACGACGAAGUGAAGAACGUGCAUUACAUCUUUGACAAGAAGCCGUGGCAGGAAGACCCUGAUAAUGGGAUGGAUGAAACAAGCCGUUGGUGGUGGGAGGCGAAUAGACACAGGAAAAAACUGGAAGUAGAAGUGGGGAUUACAGAUGGACAUUGAGGCAGCAACCUAGAGAUUUUUUUUCUGUUAAGCUCAUGACUCAUGUGGGCCUUUUCACUCAUCCAAUGUAUAUACAGUACAUAUACCCCAGCUCUCCCGAUAGAGAUGGACAAAACGCCAUAGAUAGAC